AUCUUUGCAAAUUAUUUUGUGAACGAAAAUGCCUAAAGUCAAAAGAAGCCGGAAAGCACCCCCAGAUGGCUGGGAGUUGAUUGAGCCAACACUGGAUGAAUUGGAUCAAAAGAUGAGAGAAGCGGAGACAGAGCCUCACGAGGGAAAGAGGAAGGUGGAAUCUCUGUGGCCCAUCUUCAGGAUCCACCACCAGAAAACCCGAUACAUCUUUGACCUCUUUUAUAAGCGGAAAGCUAUAAGCAGAGAACUGUACGAGUACUGUAUUAAAGAAGGCUAUGCCGAUAAAAACCUUAUCGCAAAGUGGAAGAAGCAGGGCUACGAGAACCUGUGCUGCCUGCGCUGCAUUCAGACUCGGGACACCAACUUCGGGACCAACUGCAUCUGCCGGGUUCCCAAAAGCAAGCUGGAAGUGGGCCGGAUCAUCGAGUGCACGCACUGUGGCUGCCGCGGCUGCUCCGGCUGA